UCAAAUCUCUCUAUAUUUAUACACUACCAUUCUAUAAACAUAAUACUUCCAUUAAACUUCUCAUCAUUGCCUCGAAAACCCAGAAAACCAAACUGCAAAACACAUCGAUUCAAGUCCUCAAUUUCGUUCCAAAUAAUGGGUUAUGAACCUAGAAGGAAAAUGGAAACGAAGGGAGUUUCGGCGCUUGGAGGGGAUCAAGAGUUUUUGUUCAACAGAAACCUCUCAAGAAACUCCUCAUCCUCAUUGGGUUGCUCUUCUAGGGUUUAUUACUGUAGGAGCACUGAAGGGGUUCCAUUUAACUGGGAAAUGCAGCCAGGAACACCGCGGAACCCUCCGAAAGAAGAAGUGAUUCCACCGAUAAGUCCUCCCCCGGCUGUGCUCAGCUUAGGGCUACCCAACCCCUGCAUUGAUCAACAUCCUCGUAGUAAUAAGCCUCCAACAAGCCCUCUGCAUAGGCUCAAGUUUUGGACAAAAAAAAGUAAGAAAAAUAAACAACGUAAGAAUAAUUUUCAACACAACGUUAAUGUUGUUGGUGAGUCAGAUAAGUUUGAUAAGGUCGAGUUUUGCAGCUCUGACUCUGAGUUCAUGGCAUCAUCAACUUCGCCUCGGAACUCAAGCUCUUCAUUUUCAUCCUCGUUUUCCUUUUCGAAAGGGCAGUGCGCGAGUUUAAGGAGUACUCCGGCAAGGGAUUUGUUCACUAGUUCUGGUCAUUUCAGCUGCAGUCCUUGGAAAUUUAGCUAGCUUCUCACUAGUGCUGGAAGGCGAGUUUGAUACAGCGUGUCGUUAAGUUUUGCAUUAUGGUUUGUAAUAUACUAUACAUUUGUUCGUUUCUAGCAAGGUUCUUUAUUAAAUUCUGACUUAAUUCUUAGCCAUCUAGAUGUUAUUACGGUUAAUAAAAAGUAAUGUUAGGGAGACUAAA